AUGCGUGUUUUUUAUUGGAACACUCAAGGCUUGGCUAAGUAUGGUGCAAGAUCCAAGUUGCAUGAGCUUUAUUUCUUGCACAAACCUGGCGUAAUUUGCAUUGCAGAGCCGCAUGUUUUCUGCAGUGUACAUUUUGUUAGGUCGCUUGAAUUGGUUGAUUUUUGUGAAGAUGUUAUUACAAAUGAGGUUGAUGGAGAAAAAGGUAAUGUUUGGAUUUUAUGGAGAAAUACUCUAUUUAGGCCUGAUAUUUUAUCUACUUCAAAGCAAGAAAUUACUGUGAAUUUUGCGGGGGAUUUCAUUACGGCUGUUCAUGCUUCUUAUAAUCUGGUGGUAAGAAAGAGACUUUGGCGUCAAUUGGGUUUAGGUUUUAUAUCUAUUCCUUGGUUGGUGUUGGGAGAUUUUAAUUACGUUUUAUGCUUGGAGGAAAAGAAGGGUGGAAGGCCGAUCAAAGAGGUUUAUAUGAAUGAGUUUCGUAGCUGGAUUUCUGACAAUGGUUUGGUUGAGGCUGAUGCUAUUGGUAAAAAAUAUACUUGGUCUAAUUAUAGAAGUGGAGCUCAAAGAAUUGUCUCUAAACAUGAUAGAGCGGUUGUUAAUGAUGCUUGGUGCUAUAAGUAUGCGAACUGGAGAUGCAAGGCCUUUCCUAGGGUUUGUUCAGAUCAUCCCACCCUUUUUGGGUUUGCCUUUGAAAAUCCAAGGCCUGCUAGAGUUCCUUUUCGAAUUCAGAAGAUGUGGCUUUCCCAUCCAGGUUUUAUGCAGUUAGUUGAGGAGAACUGGAGUUUGGAUCUUAAUGGUGCCCCCCCUUUUCAUGCUGAAUUGAAACUUGAAACUGAGAAUGAUCUUCUUGAUUAUGAUCUGGAUGAUGAGUUUCAAUUCCUAAGGGUUGCGGAUACCAAAAAGAAUGUUGAUGAUGAUGAGAUAAAGGAUUUCAUUGUUAACCAUUAUCAGGCCAAGUUCAAUGGUGGCGACGUUCAUAUUGAUCCAGUUUUAUUUGAUAUUGAACAUGAGAGCAUUUCAGUUACUGAGAGUGCUUAUAUGGAUGAUAUUCCAUCUUUGGAGGAAGUUAGAGUGGCGGUUUUUGACUUGGGAGCUGAUUAUGCGCCUGGCCCAGAUGGCUUCACAGGCUCUUUCUAUAGACAGUGCUGGGACAUUAUUUCUAGAGAUCUCUUUAAUGAAAUUGCAAACUGUUGGAUCAUUACUAAGAUUAUGGCUACCAGGCUUGGUACUGUGCUAAAUAAUAUGAUAUCUGAAGAGCAAGUGGCGUUUAUGAAUGGUAGAAACAUUCAUGAGAAUAUAGCUUUGGCGUCUGAAUUUAUCAAUGAGAUCAAUACGGAAAAGAAGCAUGGAAAUGUUGGCCUCAAACUGGAUAUUUCUCAAGCUUUUGAUACGAUUUCUGUCAUGAUUAAUGGCUGCCCUGAAGGUUAUUUCAGUAUUACUAGAGGUCUGCGUCAAGGUGAUCCUCUCUCACCUUUGAUCUUUGUUCUUAUUGAAGAUGUUUUAAGUCGCAAUCUUUCCAAGUUGUUUGCAAAUCAUAGUAUGAAUGUUAUGGUUAAUAAAAAAGGAGUGGCGCCUACACACUUACUUUUCGCGGAUGAUAUCCUUAUAUUCUGCAGAGGUAAUCUUCAUAGUUUGCAAAAUUUUAAAAAUAUGCUUGUUUUGUAUGAACGUGCGUCUGGCCAGUGCGUAAACUAUGCAAAGAGCAAGUUUUAUUUUGGAGGUGAUAGAAUUUAUCGUGCUAUUUCUAUUUCUAACUAUUUGGGUAUGGAGAGAACUAUGUUUCCGGAUAAAUACUUAGGUAUUCAAUUGAAACCUGGUAUGGUUCGGCAUAUUCAUGUUCGCCAAGUUGUUGAGAAUAUUAUGGACAAGCUGGAUGGCUGGAAAGGUAAACUUUUAUCAUUUCAGGCAAGGCUUGUGCUAAUUAAGUCGGUGAUUUCUAGUUAUGUUAUUCAUUCUAUGGUUGUUUAUAAAUGUCCAUGCACGGUUAUUAAGCAAGUUGAGAGGGCCAUUAGAAAUUUUCAUUGGUCCGGUGAUGCUGAGAAACUCAAAUAUUUUACGGUUCUAUAUGAUGAUCUAUGUCUCCCAAAGCGUGAAGGUGGUCUUGGCAUUAAGAAGUUAAAUGAUGUUAAUAGGUCUAUGCUAAUGAAGCUCUGGAUUUAUAUCAAGAUUUUGGCCAGAUUUUUGAAGGCAAAAUACUUUAAGAUCAAUGGCAAUCUGAUAAAUUAUAAGUUGGGUUCUUCGGUUUUUCCUGGAAUUUGUUUGGUUUACUAUUUUGUGCAGAAGCAUACAUGCUCAAUUAUAGAUUUGAUGAUUCGUUGUAAUAUUGAUGUGGAAAAUUUGCCUGUUAUUGCUGGUGGUGAGGAUUAUAAAAUUUGGGAUUUAGAUAGCAAAGGCGUUUUUUUAGUUAAGUCGGCUAAGGUCGCUCUUAAGAUGCCGGCAGAAUUUGUGCCUUGUGCAAAUCUGUUUACUAGACAGGUUGUGCACCCUACCUUGAGUGUGCAAUACUGGAAGAUUUGGGCCAAGCAAUGUUGUGCUAGUGAAGAAAAUAUUAUUAAGAAGACAGGUAGGAGCAUGCCUACUAUGUGCCGCUUAUGCAGGAAAAGUUGCGAAACUCUUAGCCACAUCACUUUGCAUUGCAGAGUUGCUAGGAGGAUUUGGGCUUGGGUGGCUGGAAUUUUCAAGCUGGAUCCAAGUGAAGACCUAGUGGACUCGUAUAAGGCUGCUAAGGGUCGAAGUAGAAUGAUAAAGGACAUGUGGUUGGUUGCAAAUCUUGCAAUUGUCACGGAGUUAUGGAAGUUACGUAAUAAGUCUUAUUUUGAUAAUAUGUUUGGUCAAUGGCCGGGCUUUAAGGGGAGAGUUUAUCAGAUCAUGCAAAACGUCUACCCAAUUGAGAUUAGUUGGAAUCCUCCUAAUCAAGAUGAAAUCAUGAUCUGUUGUGAUGGUGCAUCUUUCGGAAACCCAGACCAAGCUGGUUCAGGUGUUGUUUUCCAUGAUGCAAAUUCGGAGGUGCUUGGUGUUCUUUGUAUUGGCCUUGGUUGGAAAACAAAUUUCUACGCGGAAGUAUGUGCGAUUAUUUAUGGUGCGAUUAUGGCUAAGAGAUGGAAUAUGCGGAGUAUUUGCAUUCGUUCUGAUUCGAAGAGUUGCAUUCAAGCUUUUCAAAAGGGUGAGCUGCCUUUGCAGCUGGUGCAAAAGUGGAAAAUUGCGAAGUCUUACUACACCAACGUUCGUUAUAUUCAUAGUUAUAGGGAGGUUAAUUUAUCAGCUGAUGCCUCGACCAAGCAAGCAUGUUUGCUGGCUGAGGAUAUUUUUGAGUUUUUUGAGGGUAGGCAAGGUUUUAUUCCAUCUGUGAAAUGGCCUGGAAGGGUUUAUUAUCGUUUCAAUUAG